UCCGGCACACCCGGGGCGCGGAGCUUCCUCUGCGGCGCAGCCUCUCCUCCCCGGGCGCACGCGGAGCGGAGCGGCCGGGAUCUCCUCUGCCCCGGACUCGGGGGGAGCCCCUGGCCCUCCCGCAGCCCCAACGCCGCCCGCCCGCCAUGAAGCCGUCGUUCUUCCGCUGCCAAAACACCACGUGGGUGGAGAAGGGCUACUCGGCGACCAUGGGCUGGGUGCUCUUCAGCGCGGGCCUCCUGGGCAACCUGCUGGCGCUGGGGCUGCUGGCGCGCUCGGGGCUGUCGUCCUGCUCGCCGCGCUCGCCGCGCCCGCCGCCCUCGGUGUUCUACGUGCUGGUGUGCGGCCUGACGGUCACCGACCUGCUGGGCAAGUCCCUGCUCAGCCCCUUCGUGCUGGCGGCCUACGCGCAGAACCGGAGCCUGUGGGGGCUGGUGCCGCCGCCGUCGGGCAGCUCCCUGUGCCAAGCCUACGCCUUCUUCAUGUCCUUCUUCGGCCUGGCGUCCACGCUGCAGCUGCUGGCCAUGGCCCUGGAGUGCUGGCUGUGCCUGGGGCACCCUUUCUUCUACCGCCGGCACGUCACCCCGCGUCGGGGCGCGCUGGUGGCACCCGCCGCGGGCGCCUUCGGCCUGGCCUUCUGCGCGCUGCCCUUCGCGGGCUUCGGCCGCUUCGUGCAGUACUGCCCGGGCACCUGGUGCUUCAUCCAGAUGGGGCACGAGGAGCGCGCGCCGUGGGUGCUGGGCUACUCGGUGCUCUACGCCAGCCUGCUGGCGCUGCUGGUGCUCGCCAUCGUGCUGUGCAACCUGAGCGCCAUGCGCAGCCUCUACGCCAUGCACCGGCGGCUGCGGCGGCGCCAGCGCUGCUCCCUCCCUCGGGACCGCCCGGAGCCCGGCGACAGGGUGGCGUCCGCGCCGCCCCUGGAGGAGCUGGACCACCUGCUGCUGCUGGCGCUCAUGACCGUGCUCUUCACCUUGUGCUUCCUGCCUCUGAUUUAUCGUGCUUACUAUGGAGCAUUUAAAGCUGUCACCAAGAACAGAAUUUCUGAAGAAGCCGGAGACCUCACAGCCUUGCGUUUUAUAUCUGUGAUCUCAAUUGCGGAUCCCUGGAUUUUCAUCAUUUUCAGGACAUCAGUGUUUCGGAUGUUUUUUCACAAGAUUUUCAUAAGGCCUCUUAAGUACAGAAACUGGCACAGCAAUUCCUGCCAAACACACAUGGAAUCCAAUCUGUGACGAAGUCUUACAGUCUCUGGUAAGCUGAGGAAUGUAUCACAUUUACCAUCAAAGAACCAUGCUAAAAAGAAGAAAGAAAAGAAAGAAAGCACUUCCAUUUAAAUCCUACAAAGUUAUCUCCCAUCACAAAACAUCCAAAUGGAUUUUCUAAAAUGUUGAUAUCUUAACAAGGCAUUGCCACUCUAUGUACUUGAACCAGUCAGGUACUUUUUUUCUUUCUUUCCAUUUCAAGGUAGUAAUAGUGACUAGAAUUUUAAAUAUCGUGACUACUGUUAAAAGUUUUAAGGCAAUGAUAUUAAUUGUUGCAACAUUUGUACUCAGUGUCCCAAAUUUUUUAGAGAGGUCUUGAGACGAACUGGGUCUAAACCUAGCAGAAACACAACUGUUUACAGUUACGUGAUGGGUGUUUUUAAAACGUCUUGUUCAUUUCUAGUGAAACCUGCUUUUUUAUUUUGUAUCACAAUUACCCAUUUUUUUUUUCCCAUCUGAUCUGAGUUUGUCUGGAUUACAGAUGUUCCUCAGAGAAGUAAGAUGGGAAUUACCGUCACGUCAGGGUUUGGAGAGGCGAAGCUAU